AUGGAUCAGGCUACUUUACUGGCGCCUGUGGUUGCAGGCCAAAUUCUGCGUGUUGCCUACUAUACGGCUAGUCUCAUUGUCGUCGCCAUCGUCGCCAAUGUCGUCAACCAGCUGGUUUUCUACAACAGAAAGGAACCUCCCGUGGUGUUUCACUUGGUUCCUUUCAUUGGAAGUACAAUUGCAUAUGGCAUGGAUCCUUAUCAAUUCUUUUUCGCAUCUCGUGCCAAGUAUGGAGACAUCUUCACAUUCAUUCUACUCGGGAAGAAGACGACUGUUUACCUCGGCGUGGAAGGCAAUGAGUUUAUCCUCAAUGGGAAGCUCAAAGACGUGAAUGCGGAAGAAGUCUACGGCAAACUCACAACCCCCGUCUUCGGAUCUGAUGUUGUUUACGACUGUCCCAAUUCCAAGCUAAUGGAGCAGAAGAAAUUCAUCAAGCAUGGCCUGAGCACCACAGCUCUGGAAUCAUAUGUUCCCCUUAUCGCCGACGAAACAAGCUCCUACGUCAAAGGAUCAUCCCAUUUCAAAGGUCAAUCCGGUAUCAUUGAUCUGACGGCUGUAAUGAGCGAGAUCACCCUGUUCACGGCUGCUCGCACCCUGCAAGGCAAGGAGGUUCGCUCCAAGCUUACCACUGAAUUUGCGGAGCUCCUCCACGACCUCGAUCUCGGAUUCUCGCCUGUCAAUUUUAUGAUACCCUGGGCCCCUUUGCCGCAUAACAGAAAGCGUGAUCUGGCUCAUUCCCGAAUGCGUGAGAUUUAUCUCAAGAUCAUUCAGACUCGGCGUAACGCUUUGUCCAAGGGCAAGUCCACCAAAAAGGCGAAUCUCACUGAAGGCACAGACAUGAUCUUGAACUUCAUGAAUAGCACUUAUCGCGAUGGCACCCCUAUCCCAGACAAGGAGAUCGCACAUAUGAUGAUCACGCUUCUGAUGGCAGGACAACAUUCUUCAUCCGCAAUUAGCUGCUGGAUUCUUCUUCGGCUAGCUUCUGAACCAGAGAUGACGGAGAAGCUUUACCAAGAGCAGAUCCAGAACUUGGGUGCCGAUCUUCCACCACUGCAAUACAAGGAUCUUGACAAGUUGCCUCUGCACCACAACGUUAUUAAGGAGACAUUGCGUAUUCACUCGUCUAUCCACACGCUUAUGAGAAAGGUGAAGAAUCCGCUUCCGGUCCCUGGUACGGACUAUGUUGUCCCAACAUCCCACACCCUUCUCUCUUCACCGGGUGUUACUGCGAGAGAUGAACGGUAUUUCCGAGAUCCUUUGAAGUGGGAUCCGCAUCGAUGGGAGACCCGUGUCGAGAUUGAGGAUGAUACAGAUACUAUCGAUUAUGGCUAUGGGGCUGUUUCUAAGGGAACACGCAGUCCCUAUUUGCCUUUUGGAGCGGGUAGACAUCGGUGUAUUGGGGAGAAGUUCGCCUAUCUCAAUCUUGAGGUGAUCGUUGCCACGCUGGUGCGAGAGUUCAAGUUUUUCAAUGUCGAAGGAAAAGAGGGUGUCCCUGAGACUGACUAUUCGUCACUCUUCUCGCGCCCCAUUCAGCCAGCUACGGUGCGCUGGGAAGUUCGUUCGUGA